AUGUCUUCUUCUGUCUGGCCUGGAAUGAUAAUCCGACCCGGUCCAAGCGCCGGGGCGAAGAAGACAGCCCGAAGCACGAGGAAGCGGAAGCAGAGUCCGAUGACGAACCCCUUCUGGCACACCCAGGUAUUCCGCUUCAUGGACCUGCCCCCAGAACUGCGAGAGCUCGUGUACGAGGAGGUCUUCCUGCGAAAGUCGUUGCGAAUCCUCCGUGACGGGGAUUCCGCGAGAGCGCGUCUUCCCGCCGACGAGAAAAAGGGCGGUCAAAGCCACGGCCAUCCAUUUCUCGCCCCAAACGGGGCCUCUCUCCUAUGCGUCAGUCGACAGAUCCACAGCGAGGCCACGCCGAUCCUCUACAGCAAGAACACCUUCGAAUUCCCUCACGCCCUCGCGGUCCCUCCCCUCCUCGCCCAGGCACAGACGUACGUCCCCCUCCUCCGCAACGUCGACGUCGUCCUGGGCCAGAUCGUGGCGGGCAUGCCGGAACUGGAACUCCUGGGUGCGUGCACCGGCAUCCACUCCAUGGUCCUCCGCUGCCCCAUCACGAACAGCGACCGAUACUACGAGAUCCUGGCCAAGGCGAUCGAGCGGGUCGUUCGGUACCGGCGACCUUGCGAGGCGUGGCGCGCGUUCUUCGCCAAGAUCACGCUUGUCGAUUUCGACCGCCACGGAGACCGACUUGUUGCGUCCUCGUCGUCGUCGUCGGCGGCCCAUUCUGACUCCGAGCGGUUGCAGAAGCUGAGAAAGACCUUGGAGGCCCGUCUUGGACUGAUCUGA